AUGCAUGACCAAACCCCUGUAUCCUCCCACUUCGACGGAGUUGAGGUACCAGGAACAUCUGACAUGGUGGAUGAACACCCGGACGGAGGCCAGAAAGAGGAGUAUCUUUCUGCAUUCGGAGCCCCGUCGGGCAAGCCGAACUACAGCGGCGUUCUAUACGGCCCACGGAGGAUCGCGCCUCUAGACUAUGAGUCUGAGACGCCGCGCCCGCCCGUCUUCUACACCGAGGCCCUGACGGCGCCUCACAACGUCCAGAAGAACUCGCGCCCCGACCCUGCUAUCGCCGAUGUUCAAAAGCCACCUCAUACGACUUCCAUGCCAUACUCGCACAUGGGCGUGUAUCGUGGCCCGGAUAUGUUAGGGUCGUGGAGCGACGGAGAGAUAUCUCCAGCUACAUCCAGCGGCACCCCCAGCGCCGACGAGGAGACGCGGCGCCCUGGGCUGCUGAUGCACGCGCCCACGGCACCACCACCUUACCCCCAGCCGACAGACAUGUUCUCCUGGAUUGAAGCUCAAGGCACCAUGAGGUCACCGUCACCUCCCGGCCCUUUGUCCGCCCCUCUAGACCCGGUACCAGUGGGCGACUAUCCUUCCAGCCUGAUAUCCAUGGAUCGGCCUUAUAAUUGGAUUGAGGACGUGACCGCCGACCAAGCCAUCGAAGCGCAUGGUUUCAAACGCUGCGGAGGCUGCUCCAUCUCCUACCGCGUUACGGAUGGUAAGCGGUGCAGGUGUACUCCGUCUGAGGGCGACGGAGAGCGCCCCAGCAAUCGCUUGGGUUAUUUUACUGCUCCACGCUGAACAUCAUCGUAUCUGACUAAUUGAUGCAUUGUGAUCCAAUACUAUAUCAGCUACAGUAUGUCGAGGUGUAUUCCGGGCAGGCUCUAAGAUACGCUUUCUGUAUGCUAUGCGUGUGCACGUACCAAUGUAUCUAUACAUCACAGAAUUUUCGAGACAGGUGCGAAAUCGUUG